UCUGGUGUUAUGGGCAACAAGGGGCUGAAUGAGUUCAAAUCAGAGAUAUCUGUGCCGACCAAGCUCCGUCAUCGGAAUCUGGUGUCACUGCUUGGAUAUUUCCUUGAUGGUAAUGAGAGGAUUCUUGUAUAUGAGUACAUGCCACAUGGGCCAGUCAAACAUCUGUUUGAGUGGAAAGAACACAAUUCACAGCCCUUGGAAUGGAAGAAACGACUGAGCACUGCCCUUGAUGUUGCGAGAGGUGUUGAGUACCUGCACAGCCUUGCACCGUCAAUCAGUGGAAGUGUGUAUCAGUGGAGACAAGACUUGCUGGCACUUUCGGAUACCUUGCCCCGGAGUAUGCAGGUUCACUAAAAUUGAGAUCUGGAAGCACCAUUCUUCUUCAGGCGCGACGUCUACGACCUUGGGCGCGAGGAAGUAGUGCUUUGCCUGCAACUGGCAUCCUUGUGACCUGCUGGCCCUGGCGCCUCUUGGUGACCUCCAGGCCUGGCCCUGGCGCCUCCAGGGGAAGCCCUGGACGAGCUUCUUGCUAGGGGACGGCAGCGGGCUUCCAGGAACUGCAGCAGCCGACAAGCUGGGCGACCCGGAGUGCAGCUGGGCGAUGCAACAGUGGAUCGAUCGAGCGAUCGGAGCUGGAGUGCAGCUUAGCGACGAACCAGUGGAUGAUCGGACCUGGACCGGGAGUACAGCUGGGCGAGGAGACAGGGGAUCGAUCCCCGGACCUGCA